CACGGUUCCUUUCGCACUGUUGCACCACAAUCAACAUCAGUCGCUGAGGGGAAAUAAUGCCGGUAUCCAAGAACUACAAUAACGCUUCAAAGUCUACCAAUGCCCCCAGAGUGUACAAAGUUAGGGCAGCCUCAGACGAACAGCAACAGAAGCAGACGUGCAAUCCGAGGACGUCCGCAGCAGGACUCCCUUUGGACCUUCAACAACUGGUCUUGAAUAUCUUCCGCAGUGCUUUUUCCGAACGCUUGAGUGCCGACAUAAGUCCGCUUCUGCAAGAGAUUAAACAACACCUUUACGAACGAAACUUUACUGCAGCCUUUGGUCAAAUCGAUUACCUCGAAGCUUAUGCUGCACGCUGGAGUCCUAGCCGUGCUUUAGGCUACCUUCAGGUUCUCCACGGUCUUCAAUCGCAUCUGAUCCCUCCUCAAAAGGAAUCAUGGAAGAUAGCCUGUCUCGGAGGCGGCGCGGGAGCAGAAAUUGUUGCUCUAGCAGGAAGCCUACGCCUGUUUUUCGGUGCAGGAACAGAAACGCCGAAGCUGGACAUACAAGCAGUGGAUGUUGCGAAUUGGUCUUGUGUCAUACAAUCGAUUCAAGAACCACUCACUAAACUACCACCACAAACUUCUUACAUCAGUUCCUGUGACCGAAAACCUUUCAUCGAUCUGUCAUCUUUCAACACCACGUUUCACCAUAUGGAUCUAUUGUCAGCUACAUCAACAGCCUUGAGGCCAAUCAUAACACCCGCUAAUCUGAUCACCAUUCUCUUCACUCUGAAUGAGCUAUACAGUACGUCUAUGCAACUCACGCAAUCCCUCCUUCUUCAUAUCACAUCCCUCAGCGUCACCGGGACUCUGCUCUUGGUUGUCGACAGUCCCGGUAGCUACUCUACUGUCAAAUUGGGCAAGGAAGGCACGGAAAGGAAGUAUCCUAUGCAAUGGCUCCUCGAGCACAUGCUACUUGAAAGUGCAUCUGGCGUGGGUGGGCAGAAGAAAUGGGAGCAGGUAAUCAGUGAGGACAGCGUUUGGUUCAGACUAGACAAAAGAUUGAAAUAUCCCAUGGAGCUAGAGAACAUGCGAUAUCAGAUGCAUCUAUAUCGUAGGCUCUAGAAAAUCGACCUCUGCUAAUUCAAAGGUUUGGGUACUAUGCCCCAUGACAAUGCUCUAUGGCAUCCGAGUCCAUCAUUCAUCCUCUAUGUCCGCU